ACUGAAGCAAACAAAAUGGAUGUCAUGUCGGUAUGAUUUAGAUAGAUACCUUACCUAAUUCAUCCUGAGGGCAAGACAUAAGAUCGAGAGAGAAUGGAUGAGUUUGGUCAUGAUGGAAGUAGUGGUGAGUUUGGGAGGUUUGUGAACAUUUGCUUAACAAUUUUUCUAUCCAUAACUUACUGUUAUUUCAUCUCUCGAAACACCCCAAAAGGAUUUCCAAGGCUUCUUUCUAUCUUACCAAUUAUAUACAUAUUUACAAUCAUUCCUCUUAAACUCUCUUCUUUCCAUCUUACCACGGGAACAGGGUUUUUAAUAAGUUGGCUUGCUAACUUUAAGCUUGUUCUCUUCUCAUUUGAUAAGGGUCCUCUUUCAUCUGAUCCAACACCUGUGUCAUCUUCAUCACCAUCACCAAUGACCUUUUUACGUUUUAUUGGCAUCACUUGUUUACCAAUCAAGGUUAAACAAUCUAACCGAUCAACAGUACCAUCAUGUACUCGUCAACAUAUGCACGGGAUGCAUUGUUAUGUACUAGAAGCAAGGAACCUUUUCGGCAUAGAUGUUGAUCCACCAUUUGGCAACUAUUUCUUCUUAUCAACAUCAUUUCAAGACUUUUGGGGUAGGAGAUGGAACUUAAUGGUAUCAAGUAUUCUACGAUCUUUUGUGCAUGAACCUGUACGACAUAUUAUUCGGAGGAGUUGGGGUUUAUACGUAGCCAUAAUAGUGACAUUUUUCGUCUCGGGUUUAAUGCAUGAACUAUUGAUCUUCUAUGUUUUUCGAAAACAACCUUGCUGGGAUGUAUUGGUUUUCUUUAUUCUAAAUGGGAUUUGCCUGGCUGUCGAGAUGAAAGUGAAGAAGUCUCUGAACGGGAAGUGGCAACUAAAUCAGUUGUUUUCCAUACUGUUGACGAAUGGAUUUCUUGUAUGUUCUAGCUUUUGGUUGUUGUUCCCUUUUCUUGAAAAGUUUAAGUUUCGGGUCCUGGUGAUGGAGGAGAUGGCCAAUUUCACCAAGCUUCUUCAUAAUGUCCUAGUGGACCCCAUAGUGCGCUCUUAUUUGAAUGCAUCCCAUAUGCAUGAAACGGAAACAAAUGUGUCAUAUGGGGUUAUUUAGUAGCCUCAAUGAUCAGGCAUGCAUAAUGUUUUUCUGUUAAUUACUAUAUGCCACAGGGUCAUGCGGUAGAAUUUUUUUUGUUAAUGUUUUUUUGCUAAUUUCUCCUUUUAUUUAUUGUCAAAGUAGGAUGAAUUAUUAUGCAUUUAUCGAACUGUUGUUGGAUGAAUUAUCAUGUAUUCACCUAACUGUUGUUGGAUUGUGAA